GGGAUAAAAACUUAGCAGUGGCGCUUGGGAAAGUUUCGGGAAGAGUAGGAGGGAGGGGACUCGGGAGUGGAAGUGUAGUAACCCGACAGCGAGCAUGACCGACGCCGAGGCGCAGAGCGCUCCACCAUCGGCACCGGUGGAAGACAAACCACAGCCGGAGAGGAAAGUUAUAGCCACUUUGGUCCAAGGCACAGUGAAAUGGUUCAAUGUGCGUAAUGGGUAUGGAUUCAUUAACAGGAAUGACACCAAAGAAGAUGUAUUUGUUCAUCAGACAGCAAUCACGAAGAACAAUCCCAGGAAAUUUCUUCGCAGCGUAGGAGAUGGGGAAAUUGUGGAGUUUGACGUGAUUGAAGCAGCUAAGGGCUCCGAAGCAGCUAAUGUUACCGGUCCAGGUGGUGUUCCGGUAAAAGGAAGCCGCUAUGCGCCCAACAAACGGCGAUUCCGUCGACGGUUCUUUCCCCGAAGCCCUCGGCCCGGCGACCAGAGCAAACCAGCUGAUGGCCAAGGUCCUGAUACUGACAGAUCGGGAGAGAGUGAGGGAGCGAGGCCUCAGCAACGCCGCCGUAGGCCGCGCAGGCCACGGCAGGAGACACAAGAUGGUGAAGUUGGCGAGCAGAAGGAUGGAGUCGAAGAGGGUGGUCAGACACAGAGUGAUCAGACCCAGCGGCCGCCACGACGCAGAUUCUGGCGCCCAUACCGCAGGCCAUUCCGUCCUCGCCCACCUCCCAAUCAGGCUGUAGAAGGCCAGGAGGCGGCUGCACCAGCAGAGAGCCUGGAGAAGAGCGAGCUGCCGCAGCAGCAGCCACAGCACGACGAGGCGGCGGCGGCGGCACCUGAGAGCCCACAGACCAAUGGAGAAGCAGGGGAGGGCCAAGGCCAGAAACAACGCCGCCAGUUCAGACGACGCAGGCAAAGGAAUUCAGAGUCCUCUGUCUCCAAAAAUGAUACAGAGAAGUCUGCAUCAGAGCCUGGCACCCCACCACAGACCUCAAAGCCAUCUGAUACAAAACCUGCAUCAAAGUCGCCAAAGACCUCCCCCAAAAUCUCCCCCAAAACGGUAAAAUCGCCUGAGCAGGCAGCUCCAACAACUGUGCCAGCACCAGCAGAGUGAUGACCACGAGGAUGGUCACAUGACCCUUGGCAAGAGGUCCUAGGGUUGGAGGACUGGACCUAUUUAAGACCACAUGCACUGCUCUCCCCUCCCUGCGCUCCCCCAAUCCUCCAACCUACCACUUCUCGCUGUCAUCCUUCAGGCCCCUUCCCCACCCCCUCAUCUUGUCUUGUGUUGUCCUGUCCACACUGACAUCUGGAGAGGGUGGGAAAGGGGGGGAGGCACGGGGUAAGGGGAUACAGGUGGUUGGUGGGUGCACAUUUAGAAAUUGAAAGUACAUCUUUUAAAAAAGGGGGAGAGAGGAAAAAAUGGGAAGUUAUUCCACCCCCACCCCUUAGAAAUAUUUUCUUUAAUAGAGCAGAUGGGGCCCAUCAUGUAGUUUAAUUUGGCUUCUGAUUAAUUUGGUUAAAGAGGGGAACGCUAAGCAGGUCUGCGAUUGGUGAUGCAUAAUGGGAGUCGGUUUAGUUCUUUUAACACCUCAAAUCAAUUCUUGAAACGUACUACUCCCUUAAUCUUCUUGGUUGAGGUUGGAUUAAAAAGAAGCUUAAUUUCCUUUUUGUUUUACUUGUGUGUGUGCUUUUCUUUGGAGGGGAUUAUGUGCAAUGUUAAUACUUAAAAUGCUAAUUAAUAAAUCAUGUUUGCAAAUCAA